AUGAAAGAACCAGACAGCCACGAAGCUAUAAGCAAUGAUCGCCAACCUCCAUCCACAGAGCAUACGAAUAUGCCUCAAGAUGAUGAUAAAGCACCUCGUGUCCAUGACUUUGCACCAACAACGGAUGACGAUGACUUUCUCGGGCGCGACCAUGAUCAUCGAGCCAACGUUCAUCAGUCAUUGCAACAACAAAGCAAUUCAAUCAAUAAUGAUGGAGCUACAACCAGCAGCUCGGUAGCCAAAGCACCUUCACUUCACAUGCUUCCCAACCAAUCCGUUGAUCCUUUACAGCUCGUGAAGCAACUCGAAUUUACAGCCUUCAAAUACAUUGGUGCAGCAUCAGCACUCGCUUUCUUAUUGGGAAAAUGGGGGUUCAGCUUAUUGGUGGCCAUCCCGUUGAUUUCAAUUCCUGGCGUCUUGUAUUACAUCUUUGGUCAUCAGCCCAACAAAGACUUGAAUUGGAAUAUAGAAAAACAAGAAGGCAUGAAAUCGCUCUAUACAGCCGAAGGUGAAACAGUGGAAUGGCUCAACUUUAUGUUGGAGAAGAUCUGGAGGAGUAUCAGCCAAGAAUUCUUUGCGACUAUCGAAUCGAUGGUGGAAGACACUAUUCAAGGCGUGACACCAGGGUUUAUCAAAGGAGUCCAAAUUUGUGAUCUUGAUAUCGGCUCUCAAGCUCCACGUGUACAAAUAAUACGUAUGUUCCCUCCUCUCCCUGGUCAAUCAGAAGAAAGCAUCUUUGGUGAAGCCUCUUUUAGCUUUCAUGCACAUCCAGCUUCAACUUUAUCACGAGAGCGUGGCCCAAUUGAACCAUCACCUCCUGGUGUUUCCAUCGGUGUCGCCCUUGGAUCAGCAUCUCCGCUCUUCAUACGAGGUGAAUUGACAGCGUUGAAAGGGCGUGUGCGCUUCAAGUUGACAACAGGACCUGACAUCCCAUUCGUAUCAAAAUUGACCAUUUCAUUUCCAAGCCCGCCUACAGUCGAGACAGCUGUUAUGCCGAUUUCACGUCAUAUGAACAUCAUGCAUAUUCCAAUGUUCAAGAUGAUGGUGAACGAAGGUUUACGUAUUGGUAUGGCUAGCAUGAUCGACCCCAAGAGCCUCACAGUCGACAUCCAAGAGUUGAUGGGAUCCGAUGCGCAUGAUACUCGUGCUUUGGGCGUUGCUAUGCUACACAUUCGAGGUGCGACGUGUGAUCAACAGAUGGUGCAAUUUAAGGACCUUGAGGAUUCUUAUGUGACGCUUUCCCUCAGCAAUCAACCCAAGCGUACCUUGUCAACAACACGGGUGCUCACAAACGACAAAGAUCCACGAUGGAACGAGACGCUACAUGUGCUAAUCAGCAAAGAUGACAUAUCUUCUGAUACCAAACUGGAUAUAAGAGUAUGGGAUGCUGACAAGAUCAAAUUCGACGACAUGUGGGGAUCAUAUUCUAUUGCUGUUCGGGAUAUCCUACAAAGCAAAAUUGAUCGUCUGGGCAACGUGAUUGACUACUGCAAAGAGGAAAGGGUCGUGUAUGAUGGAUGGGCCCCACUGGAUGGCAAACCGCUAGAAGAAUCCAAAAUGAAAGUCGACUUCAAGCUUUCCUUCCAUCCCAAAUACGUCGUUUCCGAGGAGGAUUCUAUUGUGGAAAAGGAUAAGCCUAAAGAAGAGAAAAAGGAUUCGGCUGCAAUGGAUCCCGAUCAUAAAAGCGGCAUCUUGUCGGUCUAUAUUCGGCAGGCAAUGGAUCUUGAGAUUGGCGCAGCGGAUGAAUUGGCAGACGAAGAGCUUAAACACCCAUACAAUCCUGGUCAAGUUGUGAGUCCAUACGCGAUCUUGUAUAUCAAUGAUAGCAAGGUGUACCAAACACGAGCUAAGCUGCGUAACCCAUGCCCGCAUUGGAAUGGCGAGUCAGAGCAUUUUAUCAAGAAUUUCGAUGCGUGCACAUUACGUAUAUCAGUCAAGGCUGCGUUUGAGUUGGAACGUGAUCCGGUCAUUGGUACGAAGCUACUUAAGCUUGCCGACCUUUUCAAGGAUGAAAAUUGUUCAACGCCAUAUCUCAAAGAGGCUCAAGUUUGGGUGCCACUCUCUAAUGGUAUUGGAUUUGGCAAGGUGCUAUUAACAUUACGUUACAAGCCGGUGCAUUUAACGCUACCACCCCAAAUGCAAGGAGCAGAUGUUGGUACCUUGGUCGUUGACAGUGUUCGAUUACAACAAUUGAAGUCACCGCUCGAUGCUUCGAGCCAUUCUACCAAAGCAACUCUUGCCUUGAAUGUUGAUCCAGUCAUAUUGAAACGCUUGAAGCCCCGUGAUCUAAAGGACAACGUAUGGGAUGCAAAGCGUUUGUAUUUCCCACUCAUUAUGCGGCAACGAUCAGCACUUUAUGUUCAUAUCAUGCAAGGUACUAUGGGUGGAGCCAAGGCAACAGGUCGUUUGUGGCUCAAGGAAAUGGGAGAUGAUGAGUGGCAAGAUAUCGUGGUUGGUCUCCAUCCAUAUCUUUCUGAGCACAGCAAGGAAGCGAAUCGCAACGAAGACCCAUGGGAUGCGGAGGGACCCCUUGGCCAAGUGGUUUUACGAGUCAAAAUUAUUCCUGGUUUCUCGCCGGUGCACACUCAUUUGCAUAUGUUCAACAAGGAUAUGGUUGGUGCCGAUCCUUUCCAUACCGAAAGAAUGAAAGCUAAGGCUGAAGCUUGGAUGGAAGGACAAGGCAAAGAGCAAGGAGGCUCGUUGGAAGAAAAUGCAUCCGAAACAGCUUCUGUCAGGUCCACACCCAGCACAUUGAGUACGCUUUCGGAGGAAUAUGGGGAUGAGCAAGACAAGGAAUAUAUCAAGGAGAUGCAAGAGAUGUCUAAAACACAUGGUAUCAGCAAGUACCAAGUGCUACGAAAAAUGGCAUGGGGCACCGAUAUUGUAAAGCAGCAAGUGGACACAUUACGCGAAGGAUUCAAUUCUGAAGCACGCUUAUCACGUUCAGUGGCAAAGGAGUGA